AUGACGCCAAUGACACGGGUGGAAAGUCCCCAGGAGUUUUGCCAGACGAAGAGUUUCUUGGCUUCUUCUGGGUCGCCCUCUUUCCAAGACGGGUCCUCGACGAUGAUGUUAAACAUCUUGGAGAAGUUCUGGCCAAGACAGUGGGAUGUUGCUCCUUGAAUUCCGCGACCGGUAGUAGGGAUGUAUCCCUCACAGGUAGUGGUGAAGAGACCCCCAGCGAACUUCUCCUUCUCAGUCUUACGGCCUUUGAUGGUUGGGACAGCCAGGAGCUCGGAGUAGACACCAGCGUACCAAUCGAGGAUUUG